AUGUCCAACCAACGUCAGCAUCUCAUUGCUUCGGCCGACAACGAUACCCAGCUAGUCAAUGCCCCAAUCGGGUCGAGCGGGCUGGAGCUUGCACCAUACAGGUAUGUCGAUGAAUUCUCCCUAACGUUGAGAGCGAGCGUUGACCAAACCAACAGAUACGCCUCAAUAGCGCAACAGGGUGUGAUGAUGAAAGGUUGGGAAGACGCGUCUAAACAGAAACCCACUCUCAACUCUGAGCUGUCACUGUCAGCCCCAGAGACAGCUUUGGCCUGCAGGGUUGGGUCUCAUCGUCGAUCAAGUUCAGCGCCCCUUUUGACUCGAAAAAUCACCGAUCCAUCCUCUUCCGAGAGGGGAGACAGCCGUUUGGUCGACCUCCCACCCGAGCUCCUGAUGAUCAUCAUCAAGCAACUUCCAUUGAGCGACAUCAUGGCUCUGCAGCAAGUGCCUUUCCGGUUUCAUGAACUUGCAAAAACCGCCGGGGCACUUCUCUAUACUCACAUCAAACUCGAGGUCCCGAAGGCAUACAAAGGCCGACACAUUCCCAUAUUUAUCUCAAAGCACGUCUUGCCCCAUGUACGAGGACUCGACGUUCAUUUUUUGGAUCCCUUCAGCUAUCUCGACGAACGAAGCGACAGUUCAGCACACGACAAUCUCCUACGGGGUAUAGAAAACGCGGUGCCGGAAAACCAGUUGAGAUCCUUCUCCCUGAGUACUACUCGUCAUACACUCCAUCCGACACAUGUUGCGGAGCAUAGCAGCAACAAAUGGAUCCAGUACAUCUACAACAAGCAGGAAGCGCUUCGGACGCUAGGCCUCGGAGGCGUCGACGCUGGCUUUUACGAUCUUUCGCUGGUGGCCAUGCUACCAAAGCUUGAAGGUCUCGAAUUGGGCCCUCUAAAGUUUGUCUGGAUGGAUACCAGCGGUUUGUUUCUGUUUCCGUUCGCGUUCGAAGGAGGAGGGCGGUUCGAGUACUGGCCGAGCCUUCGCAGGCUGUCUCUCCUCAGACAUUGUCCGAGACCACCAAUGUUUUACAGAUCAGUCAUCGACCACUUUCCUCCCAAACUUGAAGGGCUCGUGCUCGAUGGUAUCCUCGUUCCCGAGGAGCUUACCAUGAACGACAUUGCACAGAUCCAAUCGGUCACCCUGGGAUGGGACGGUGUUGCAAGACCGAACCGGCUACGGGUGAUCAGUCUCAACGAAUGUCAUCUGGAUGUGGCCGAGCUCCUCAAGUUGCAAUACCAUUGGCUUCUGGCACGCAUCCAUGCCCUCGACAGACUACCCCUGGAAGAACGACGGGGAUACGAUAUGCCCAUCAUCAGCGUCGGCAAUCCUUCCGCUUUCAAGCUGGUAGCGUGGUGGCAGAGGUAUUACGACGGCCAGAAGUUGGAUUCUGCUUCCCAUCGGAGACUUGCAGCACAAGCAAAGCAGGUGAUGGCCUUGUCUAAAAUUGACGAACUUACGGAGGAGGUUGUGCUCCAGCGCCAGCGAAUACACCAGAGGAUUAUAUGGCUAUAUGGCUGGGAUAUGCCCCCUACAGUGGUAUCAUGGCUCAAUGCGAGAAAUAAAUGGCGACAGAUGGUAUGUGUACGCAUGUAA